CUCAGUGUUAAUUUGAUUUACGUGUACUUAGCCUUCAGUAUUGGCAAUAUUUCCUGGAAUUGCUCUUCAAGUUUCCAGGUUAGUGCGUUCCUUCAUGAAAAAGUGUUAUUUGUUUGAAAUUUGAAGAUAUUCAUUUGGAUCAAAGUUCAUUAUUGUAAGUGAAUGGUGAGUGGACUUCGCUGAAUUCUUUGUUUAAGUCAAUUUUUGCCAUGGAUACAGUCGGGGUAAUGAAGAGAUAUUGGGCUGCAUAUUUUCCUACGGAUGACACGUUUGCCAGGAUUGAUAGUAGAAAAAAUACGGAGAAGAUAAGACGGUUAGGUUCCAAAGAAAUCCAGGUCGCUUUUGACGGCGUAUGGUUCACCGGAGAAAUUGUGGAAGGAUUUGAUUCUGCGGUUGCUUGUGAUAAGUUCCUUAACGAGCCAGUUCCUGAUCUCUUGGGAGGUCCUCCAACUCCAAGAAAGCGGAAAAGCUUGGCGAAUCAAUCUGAAGUAGAAGAAUCGUCCAUUAUUAUUAGCCCAAUUCUCGACAAACUAAUUGACAAGUGUACAAGCCAAGUGGGCCAUCCUUGCCCAUUUGACAAUCCAGCUCUGGACCAUAAAGCAAAGAGAAAUCUGGAUAGAGAGUCAUUUCUCACCAAAGAUAAACAAUCGGCCAUGGGUCAAAGAAUUGAAAAUCAACCUCACAUCCUACAUGAGCAUGAGGCGGACAAUUGUUCCAAGAUAAUAAGUGAAUUGGUGCCAGUUCCAUCGACUUCGUCAGGAAAACGAGCGUACCGCCCUUGGAAAGCUCUCAUUCAACGUAGCGAAGAGUCGUCUUCGUCAACAGAGGAAAAUAUUCAUGUUACUUCUCCCGAAGCAAACAAAGAUCAGGAAGGAAACGAGGAUGAACCAGUUCCAUCGACUUCGUCAGGUAAACGAGGGUACCGCCCGUGGAAAGUUAAAAUUCCUCGCCAAAAAAGGGCUCGCUCAACUCCCAUGUUUUUUUCUGAAUUGGACGAAUCUGAUAACUCGUCAAACUAUGACGAAAGCCAAGAUGAACCACCUCCAUCGACUUUAUCUGGAAAACGAGGACGAGCCCCUUGCAAAGAUGAUCGUUUAGUCAAAAUUCGACUGCAAGAAGUUGCUACAGCAUCCGAGGAACAUAUUUCUGGGACGUCAUCUGAUAUGGAAGAGUCCGACGACUCUUCAAUUCAGGAAGAUACCGAAAGUGUAACGUACAUCAACCCACCGCCCAGAACAAGGCAACCUGGUUUCUCAGACACAUAUCGAAAGCCAAAGGACAGGAUCGGACUGAGCAAGGCAAAAUGCUUCGCCAUGCUGGAAACUUCAAUCAAAACAUCAAAGUCCUUCAAGCUGAUUCAGGGGUUUUAGUUGUUGUUAAACGACCAAAACGGGCUAGCCAAGGG